AUGUUGAAAACUUUGUCAAAUAGAAAAUACUUCAAAACGAUACUAUUUAUUCUCUGUUCAAAUACUAUAGGUAUUUCGCUUUAUUAUAGUUUCUACUCGGCAAAUCUAUAUUACAAAGAAAACGAUAUCAAUUAUAAUAGUGCAUUGCUCCAGACAUCAUUUACAGAAACAGAAACAAGUCAGAAACUAAAAUCAUUACUCUCAAAGUUCAAAUCACCGACCGUGACACUGGAGAUAACAAUCUCCAGCGAUUAUUUUGAAACGGAUCAAAUUGUGCAAGAUCCUCGAGUUAUAUUUUCCCUUACUUUGAAUUGGUUAUAUCACCAAAUAAAGGUUGAUCCGGAGAACGUAUCCUUCCCAUUUAAUUGGGCAGAUUGGGUAGACUUGACCUAUUUGAAUCAUCAAUUAUCUAAACCGCAGAAUAAACGAAUAAAAUGUCAGGACUUGAUUCAGCAUUUACAAAUUAGGAGAGAUGAACAUAAAAGAAGUGCCAGAAAAAACCCCAUGUUCUUUGGAUGCAAAAAUACUCAUGAAUUAACUAAACUAGAAAUUGAAGAAAUGGGAUUAGCUAAUUUGGAUAAAUUACCAGGAUUCUUCCAAUUUGAGGCAACCGAGAUUAGAUCAUCGGAGUUUAUACGUGUGUUACAAGGGAAAACUUAUAUCUUGGGUAGAAUGCCACCACCAGUGCAAGUAAUGUUCCUCAAUGAUGAUGGGGAUGAUUUACUUUUCCAAGUUGAUAAGAAAAUGAAAGGAAAAGAGUUAUUGCAAUUAUACAUCACCAACAACAAACUCAAUGAUAUUGAGGAGAUAACUCUCGACACUGUAACGGAAUUCAAACAACUUCGAGAUUUGCUAGGUGUGAAUUCCACCCAGAACCAUUACAUUCCAGAAAAAAUUGUUCAAAUGGAUCCAUCAUGGUUUCACUAUAAUGCAUAUAACGUGAGCACGGAGAUUAAAACUUUAAACUCACAAGAUCAAUUGACUCCUAUUGAACAAAGGUAUUUGAAUUCAUUAAUUGCUUCAAAGCGGACAAGUGGAACCACGAGCCAAAGAGAACCAACAUAUUUUAAGAUUGCAACUUUAACAAGAACUCCAAAGAACCAGGAUAGCGGUUGGCAUUAUGACUGGAGGUUUAUUAAUGGGAAAUGGAGAGAUCGCUAUAGGCAUUCAAUUAUUUUGGAAAGGUUAUUGAGAAAUUGGUUCAAGUUUUGCCAGAAAUAUGGAAUUAUCAGUUGGAUAAACUAUGGCUCACUUCUAGGGUGGUACCGAAAUGGUGCAAUAUACCCGUUUGAUCUUGAUAUUGACAUCCAAAUGUCUAUAUAUCAUAUGACCAUCUUAGGCAAAAAAUUCAAUCAAACUUUGGUAGUGGAAGAUUUACGUGAAGGUACGGGGAAGUACUUGAUUGAUGUUGGAACCUUUAUACACAACAGAUACAUUACAAAAAAUGCCAACCAUAUCGAUGCAAGAUUCUUAGAUGUCGAUAGUGGGUUGUACAUAGAUCUUACUGCCUUAGCAAUCAGUAAAGAAUCUUCAAAAAUUGACCCUAAAUUCUUCAAGGACAUCUGUGAUGAUCCAGCCGAGGGACCUGUUUUGGAUAAUGAUGAUGACAAGGAAAUCUACAAUGAUAGAAAUAAUUGGAUGUAUAAAUUCAGCCAUUUAUCUCCAUUGAGACUAACAAUGUUUGAAGGUAUACCUUGCUAUGUUCCUAAACAAAUUGUUAAAAGAAUGAAAUUUCAGUACCCUUGUGGAACAUUGAACAACUUUGAAUUCGAUCAUUGGUAUUACGUAGAGCAGGCUGGGACCUGGAUCCAUGAAAAAGAAUUGCUCCCUGUUUUAGACACCGGUAAAGCCAUGAAAGAUAGAAAAUUAAAUAAAAAUAAUGUUAAAAAACAACUUGACAAUUUAACCGACGUGCAGCUUUAUUUACUUUUGUGUAAUGAUCAAGCAACAUUGGCUAACUAUCAAUUGGCCCAACGUUACUUUGGAUUCCAUAUCGAGGAGCUGAAGUUUCUUUUUACAAUAGACCCUAAUUUGAACAAGAACAAAAAUGAUCUUCUCCAAGGAAAGGUAUUAGACGCUAGUCCUGAGGAUAAUCCCGAAUAUCUUAAACUCGUUGAAAGCAAUGUAUGGUUGAGAACUCCCCAUAGGGAAUCAUUAGCCGAGUAUGAAAAGGUCAACGGGAAAUUGUCGGACUAUAACGAGCUAGCGUUUAGUCAGUUAGAACAAGUAGUUGUUUCUAAAAAUAAUUAG